CAACCACUGACCUCCCCUGGGAGCGUCUGUUCCUCCCGCGGAUCCAGCGUCCCCGGAUCGCCCUCCAGCAUCGUGGCCAAAAUGGACAACGAGGUUCUGGGCUACAAGGACCUGGCUGCCAUCCCCAAGGACAAAGCGAUCCUGGACAUCGAACGCCCCGACUUGAUGAUCUACGAACCCCAUUUCACCUACUCGCUCAUGGAGCAUGUGGAGCUGCCCCGGAGCCGAGAGCGUUCCCUGUCUCCCAAAUCCAUCUCUCCUCCUCCGUCUCCGGAGGUCAUCCGGGAGUGGAUUGAGAGUCGGACCCCCAGCAGCACCCCGCAGCCCCCCUCUCGCCAAGGCAGCAGUUCAACCCGGAGCAGUGUGCAGCAUUUCCACCGACCGGAGACCGACACGACGGAGCUCAACAUAUAUAAGAAGCCUCCGAUUUACAGGCAGAAAGACCACCAUUCCAGCGCCCACCAUGGGAAGCAUCUCAUAGAGGACUUGAUCAUCGAAUCCUCCAAGUUCCCGGCGGCGCAGCCCCCAGACCCCAACCAACCCGCCAAGAUCGAGACCGAUUACUGGCCGUGCCCCCCGUCCCUGGCCGUCGUGGAGACAGAGUGGAGGAGGCGGAUGGCCUCCAAGAGAGGGGAGGAGGAAGAUGAUGACCUGACGGAGGAGAUGAAGAUCCUGCGGGAGCUCCAGAGGCAGGAGCUGAGCAAGGUCACCUCCAACCUGGGGAAGCUGAUUUUGAAGGAAGAGAUGGAGAAAUCUCUCCCCAUCCGGAGAAAAACUCGCUCUUUGCCAGACCGGACACCCUUCCACACGUCCCUGCACACAGGGAGCUACAAGAGCUCCUCGCUCCCCGCCUCCGGCAGGAGCACCCUCACCCGGCUGCAGUCAGCAGAGUUUAGCUCGGCAGGCAGCGAGAAGAGCAGUCCAGGCCUGCAG